CCCUUGUAAAAUGAAAAGCACCUUGCCCUGCUCUGACUCCUGCCUGCGGAGGGGUUCAGUGCCAAAGUGAAAGGCUUCCUAAAAAUGGGCUGAACCAGGGAGGGGGGCGAUUUAGGAGCUAUUGAGAAACAAGGAAGGACAAACAGUGUUAGGUCAUUGCUUUUGCAAACACAGCCAGGGCUGUUCCUCUAUAAAAGGGGGAGAAAGCGGCUCCAAAGCCAUCACAGACUUGGAGGGGACAGUCUGUGACCAAGGCUGCUGCAACCCCUCCUCGGCACCUGACUCCCUGCUCAAGUAUGAAACUGGUACUCUCUACUGUGCUGUCCUUUGGGAUAGUGGCUCUGUGUUUUGCUGCUCCCCCCAAGGCAAGUGUCAGAUGGUGCACAAUAUCCACAGCAGAAGAGAACAAAUGCAACAGUCUAAGGGACCUCAUGCAACAAGAUGGUGUUGCAUUGACUUGCCUGCAGAAAUCAACAUACCUCGACUGCAUAAAAGCCAUUUCGAAUAAUGAAGCAGAUGCCAUUAGCUUGGAUGGUGGUCAAGUUUUUGAGGCAGGCCUUGCCCCCUACAAGCUGAAGCCCAUUGCUGCUGAGGUCCACGACCAAAGUGGAGUCUCCACAACCAGCUACUAUGCCGUGGCCGUUGUGAAGAAAGGAACAGGCUUCACAAUAAAUAACUUGCAGGGCAAGACCUCCUGCCACACGGGCCUGGGUAGAUCCGCUGGCUGGAACAUCCCAAUUGGGACACUCCUCAACCGGGGAGACAUCAAGUGGGAUGGCAAAGACUCAGCCUCCAUCGAGCAAGCGGUGGCCAAUUUUUUCUCUGCCAGCUGCGUGCCUGGUGCUACCACUGAACAAAAACUGUGCCGUCAGUGCAAGGGAGACUCCAAAACCAAAUGCUCCCGCACAGCACCUUAUUCUGGCUAUUCUGGAGCUUUUCACUGUCUGAAAGAUGGAAAAGGAGAUGUGGCUUUUGUGAAACACACAACUGUUCAAGAAAAUGCCCCAGAGGAGAAGGAUCAGUACGAGCUUCUGUGUCUGGAUGGCAGCCGUCAGCCUGUGGACAACUAUAAAGCCUGUCACUGGGCCAGGGUGCCUGCUCACGCUGUUGUGGCUCGAGAUGAUAGCAAGGUUGAUGACAUCUGGAACUUUCUGUCAAAAGCACAGGAGAAAUAUGGUGUGGGCACAACCAGCACCUUCCAGCUCUUUGGGCCACCUGGCAAGAAGGACCCAGGCCUCAAAGACUUGCUUUUCAAAGAUUCUGCUGUACAGCUGAAGCGUAUCCCACCACUGAUGGACUCCCAGCUCUACCUGGGCUUUGAGUAUUACAGUGCUAUCCAGAGCCUUCAGAAAGAUCAGUUGAACCCCAACCGCAGAGAAAACAAGACACGGUGGUGUGCAGUAGGCAAGAAUGAGAAGAGCAAGUGUGACCUCUGGAGUGUGGUGAGCAACGGGGAGGUGGAGUGCACUGUGGCAGACAACACCAACGACUGCAUUAUUAAGAUCAUGAAAGGUGAAGCAGAUGCUAUCAGCUUAGAUGGAGGUUUUGUCUACACUGCUGGUGUGUGUGGCUUGGUGCCAGUGAUGGGAGAAAGCUAUGAGGAUGACAGUCAAUGCAGCAAAGCAGAAGGAGAACCAGCAUCCUACUUUGCUGUGGCUGUUGUGAAGAAAUCUAACAGAGAUAUCACAUGGAACAAUCUGCAGGGCAAGAAGUCAUGCCACACCGCUGUCGGGAGAACUGCUGGCUGGAACAUCCCCAUGGGCUUGAUUCACAACAGGACAGGGAACUGCAAUUUCAAUGAAUACUUCAGCGAGGGCUGUGCUCCCGGGUCUCCUCCUAACUCCCGCCUCUGUCGACUCUGCAAGGGCUCAGGGGGGGUCCCGCCAGAGAAGUGCGUCGCCAGCAGCCAUGAGAAAUACUAUGGAUAUACGGGAGCUUUCCGGUGUCUGGUCGAGCGGGGGGAUGUGGCCUUUAUUAAGCAUUCCAUCGUUGAGGAAAACACUGAGGGCAAAAAUAAAGAAGACUGGGCCAAAAGUCUGAAAAUGGAUGAAUUUGAGUUGCUGUGCACUGAUGGGCAACGGGCAAAUGUCAUGGCUUACAGGGACUGCCACCUGGCCAAAGUUCCUACACAUGCUGUGAUCACACGUCCUGAGAAAGCAAAAAAAGUCCGUGAGCUGCUGGAGAGACAAGAGAAACUGUUUGGAACAAAAGGAAUCGAGAAAGACAGGUUCAAGAUGUUUGAGUCUCAAACCAAAGACCUUCUGUUUAAAGACUUGACCAAGUGUCUGGUCAAACUCCGCGAUGGAAUAACGUACAAGGAAUUCCUCGGAGAUCAAUACUAUGCUUCAGUUGCUAGCCUCAAUACCUGCAAUCCAUCAGAUCUCCUCCAGGUGUGCACCUUCCUUGAGGACAAGCCGCGGGGCCGGAAGCGGAAGCGGUACGGCGACGUGUGCGGGCGGCUGGCCAUGGCGGGGAGGCUGGAGCCGCACCUGGAGGCGCUGGGGCGGGAGCUGCGGCCGCCCGACCCCGCCGUGCUCUCCGUCCUCCUGGCGCUGCUCGCCGUCGCCAUCACGCUGCUGAUCUGGAGGUUCGUGCAGGGCAGGAGGAGCAGCCGGAAGGCGGUGCUGCUGCUGGGCCUCUGUGACGCGGGGAAGACGCUGCUUUUCGCUCGGCUGUUGACAGGCAAAUACCGUGAUACACAGACUUCGAUAACUGACAGCUCCGCAGUUUACAGAGUCAGCAAUGACAAGAGCGCUAAUGUGACCUUAAUCGACCUUCCAGGCCAUGAGAGUUUGCGGCUUCAGUUCUUGGAGAGGUUCAAGGCUGCAGCCAGAGCCAUUGUGUUUGUGGUGGACAGUGUGGCUUUCCAGCGGGAGGUGAAGGAUGUGGCAGAGUUCCUGUACCAGGUCCUGGUCGAUAGCACUGUGCUCAAAAAUGCACCCGCGCUGCUGAUCGCUUGCAAUAAGCAAGAUGUCACAAUGGCAAAAUCAGCAAAACUUAUUCAACAGCAGCUGGAGAAAGAGCUCAAUACUUUACGAGUGACCCGCUCUGCAGCCCCCACCAGUCUGGAUGGCUCAGCUACUGGGGGACCUACCCAGCUGGGGAAGAAGGGCAAGGACUUCGACUUCUCCCAGCUACCCAUGAAGGUGGAAUUUGUGGAGUGCAGUGCUCGGGGCAGCAAGGGAGAGGAGGGAGAUGCUGACUUCGAGGGCCUUGAGAAAUGGCUGGCCAAGAUCGCCUGAACGGAGAAGGGCAGGGCUGGAGGGAGAGACUUGGGGAGGCUGGGGGGCAGGACACUUGGGGACUGAAAGGAAAAAGGUGGUCUGAAGCACUCAAAUCUCAUCUUGCUGUAGAAAGAAGAAACUUAAGCUGGAAGUCAGCAUUGUGGUAUCUUCCUCUGCUGCUCAUGGGCUUGGGAGCAACGUGACACAAUAGCUGGUGUGAUUGCCUCUGUCUCUUCACACUGUAACAUUUUUUCCUCUCCCCUCUUCCUUUAUCUUCCUCUGGGAUGUUGAUCCUCUGGCCUUCUGUGUUUCUUUAAUCUUUAGGCUUUUCAUUUGGUAGUUGCCAAGCAAAUUAGGAAGGAGUGCACUGCCAGGUGAGAUUGGAGUCUGCGUGUUGUCUUCUGCCUUGGUUUAGCUUUGCAACCCUGUUGCCUCUCAGAACUAUUGAUCACCUCCUGAUUCGGACUUUUUUCCCCAGCCUCUCGCUGCUUGGGAGCACUGUGCGCAUCACCUAUGCUGCCCCAGCAAAGUGCACAGACUCUCUCUCAGUUGGGCAAUCAUUGAGGAGAGUAUAAAAAGCUGUUUUCCUCUGUGUCUCCUACCUCCCUAUUCUUCCAAACUGGUGCAGUCCCGUUUCUGUGGGACUGGAGUGAUCUAUUAAAUGCCAAAACCAGGCUGGCUGCUCUGCCUUUGUCACUGUGCACUCCCUGUGUCCAGCUGAGGUGCCUGUGUCUGUGGGUGAUUUCCACUGUUGGACAGUUCUUGGGAGUUUUUCUUUAACCGAAGGCUAUGUCUUGAAAGCUUGUUUUGCUCUGCUUCUCCUUCCCAUACUUCAGGCUCUUCUCCCACAGACAUGUAAGCACACUCUCCAAGUGGCGGAGGGUCUUCACUUGAAACUAUGAGGUGGGCAUGUUUUUAGAUUCGUACCUACAUUAUGUGUGAGAUCUGGCAUGAUAGGCAUUUGUUGUGCAGUCCCCUGCCUGUCUCCUGCUCCAGUGAUGGCAGUAAGAUAUUUUUCGUGUAUGUAAUUAGUCAGCAGUUGUGGCAAAGUGAGAGGAAAAGUCAAGGAACUGCUAGCACAUUAGUCUGAUUCCUCCUCCUGAGGAAGAUGCUCAAUGAAGAGGGGGAAGAAAUGUGAGAUUUUCCCAGUUCGUUCUCAUUUGUCUGUGGUGUUUAAAGCCAAAGCUGUUGCUGUGUGUGAUCUCAACUGUUAAUCUUGCAGGGAAGAUUCAGGGAAUGCCUGUCACUGUAGUUAUCUCAGUGGCUCAUGAGGCUGCUCAGAGGCUUGGAGUGUUGAAGGGCUCUGAUUCAGCAUGCUUUUAACUGUCCAAGGGGCAUUUGCUCUCCUCCUUCCCAUGCUCUGGCCGGGAGCAUCGGUUAUCCAAAGGGAGAUCUUCCAGCAGCAUUGGUGUUUGGUCAGGUGGGAGACAAGCCCCUGGUGCUGUGCUGGGCGUUCAGCUUCCCCUUCCUGAACAGCCUUAAAACACAGUUGCCCUGCCCAGCAACUUCAUAUAGCUUUGUGCUCUGAUGGGCUGUCGUUUCUGUGCAGCACUUAUGUGAGGAUGAUUGCUCUCCACACCACAUAUUGUGAGGUCCUAUGGCAUUGAAAUUUUUCCUUUGUUUUUGUUGCUUCCCCUUUUGUUUUAGGGUAGGAGGGAGUGGCUGGCUCCUGGUAGGCUUUUUGUGUCCUUUGCAGGCUCUUCUCUGAUUUGAUGCUUCCUUCAUCACUCAACUAGUCUGUUGUGUUUUUUUCCUUUUUGUCUGGGGCAUUCUCUGCUUCCCUGUAGCGUUGCCAAGUAUUAGUAGCAAGAGCAAGGUCCUGUGCUCGUGAUGGAGCUGGGCCUUGCAUUUCUAGUCUUGUGAACCCAGUGGCUCUUCUGCUAUCCAUGCAGGAGGUGGGGAGGGUUAUAUUCACAAAGUAUGUUAUAUUCUUAUAUUUCCUGCAGCCAGAGCAUUGUUGGAACAUGUUUGUCAUGCUUUGAACUCCUUUAGCUGGAGAUCCUUCCUAGGCUGCCUGCUUUGAAUCUGUAAUGCUGAAGUGAGAAUAUUGCUGUUUCUUUGGGUGGUUAUUCUACUUGCAAAGACUUGUCUCCUUGAAAAGCAGAGGCCAAGCACCAGCCUCUGCUGGGUUAAGGGGGGAAGGUAGCAUGAGGCCAUGGUUGGUUUUAAGUUAUUCUUACUAAAAGUAUUCCUUAAAUAAAAUUUUUUUGCCUAAA